GCUAGUGGCAGAGCGGUCAGUGAGGGCAAUUAGGGUACAAGUAGCUGACUAAGGCACGGCGCCGCAACGAGCCAACUAAACCAGCUAGCUCCUUUGAGUGGGGCGUAUCGAUAAGCUAGCGGCGCAUGUUGCAACUUCGCCGACCAAAGCGAAGCGCAUACUGGAAUCGAAUGAAUAUGAACUUCCAGCUCGCAUUCGUCAGCGCUGGUCACGCUAUAUGGCAUGGACAGAAGCACGCAGACGCCCAAGUGGCCAAUUGAGGCCUCCAGGAAUACAGCCGGUCCCCAUAUGGUUCGAAGAGCCGUACAUGAUUUAAGCACAGAUACUCUGCAGUCUCAUAACGACGACAUAAGAGAGUACAUCCAAGCCUUUAGGGAACACCUCUACCAAUUAGACCGCGCGCAACUUGGCUGGAGCAUUGCCCAGGAACUCCGCCAGUUAUUGUUUCUCAUCAACCUAGGGCCGUCCUUCUCAGAUUUCCGCGGUCAUAUCUAUCAGUGCUACAAGGUAGCUGGCUGCGGCGAUGGUCCCGAAUUGACUCUCGAUCAACUGAUGGAAAAGGCUGAAGACGAGUGGCAUCGCCUUAAGCUAGAGAAGAAGAUCUCGCUAGGCUCUGGCUUCCCCAGGAGGCCAUCAAUGACCAAUUCAUUGAGACCAAUAGGCCAGCGACGUGUGUCGCAAAUUCCCCAACCAGAUCGCAUACGAGGACAUGGAGAUUGAAGGCGCUAGACUGAUCAGGCACCUCAAUGAUGUAGUAGCAGUCUGGACUUGACAAUGCUUUGCGCAUGACAUACAGCUACCCGUUUGGUUAGCUACAUAGAGGCCGUCAUCUAUAUCCAUCCAUGUAAUCGACCAUGUCAAAAGCAUAUCGCAGCUGUUUCAACGGUGUCUGAAAUUCUUUAUUACCAACGUACAUUCUCAAAAACUGCAGAUUUGUUCGAAUUCGUAUUUCCGAUAAAGA